CAUUUGGUAAAAAUGUUACCCUUGGUUCGAGAAUUUCUCGCAGGAAGUUGUGUAAUGUGCACAUGACAGCAUCAAUCGUUCAGGAAGACGUAAGGCGUAUUGUUGACUCAGAGGAAAAGCCACUCAGUUCUGUUAGCGUGAAUAUCGUGCAGUUAUACUAUAAUUCCGAAGUUAUUCCACAACCGACUGUGAAGUGUUUAAGCUAACGGUGGUAAAUCUUUAAAUGUCGCUACGGUGUCGGUUUUUAAAAGAGUUUGUUUUGAAAACAGGUCGUCGCAGUGUAGCAACAGGUGAAGCAGCAGAUAUGGAUAAAACACACGAAUUGAAUAAUGAUACAAUCCACACUCGUUCAAUAAAGGAAGUGUACGAUGUUCCAAUGUGUGUGCUCAUACGACCUUUUCCAUUAGAAGUUGAUGAAGCAAAAGUAUCUAGUAUUAUGGCAACUCUGGAGGAUCCAAAAAGAUGCCAUGAAGUACCACCAAUAGAUGUUCUCUGGGUGAAGGGAAGCAUGGGUGGAGACUACUACUACUCAUUUGGAGGUUGCCAUCGGUUCGCAGCACAUUCAAGACUGAAGCGACCCACCAUAAAGGCUAAAUUGAUUACCAGUAGUGUAUCUGAACUGGCAUGUUAUCUUGGUGGGUCAACUCCUGCACUGCAAUGACUGACAGACUUAGCCAUAAGAUUGGCAAAGUUUAUGGUUUGUCCAUAAUGAUUAAUAUGAUCAUAUUUGAGUUUGAGGAACAUAUUUGAAGGUUGCAAAGCUUUAAUAGUAAAAAUGUAUUGUGAUACUUUAGUUUAUUGGCUAGAGCAGCAUUUGAUUGUGUUGUCUAUAGAGAAUAUAUAUCCCUGCCGGUAUGACUUAACCAUAAUUUUCAUGUUGUGAAAUAUAGGGGCGUAUGUUAAUCAGUGGGGAACAGCUUCAAAUUUUAUGGAAAACAUAACUGCAACAUUCCAAAUAUAUUUUGUGGGUCACUGAUGCUGUAACAAAAUAAAACAAAUGUGUUCAUCUAUUUUGAUCCAGUGCAAGUAACUCUCUUAAAUUUUUAUAUAAAAUUUUAUUACUGUUGUACAACUAAGUAAAUAAAUCCAAACCGGGAAUAGAAUUGAUAGAUUUACAGAGACUGUGACUUUUUAGGUAGGAGUGUGUUUAGUUUCUCUGUUUGUUUGAGAAACAUCCUUUGGGGUUUGAUAUUAAUUUUUCACUAGAUCUUGCCAUCAUCUUAAAGAAAGAUACAUUACGUGGAGACUGUGGGUUCUGUUAUAGUGAAAACAUGAGAGCAUGCAGUUUGUUUUUAGAAUUUCUUUUUGACAGAUUUCAUAUUGCUGUUGCCUUCUCAUAAGCAAAGUAGUGGGACAUGCCUUGCAAUUGUGAAAAACAAACUUUUAGUGCUCUCCAGUACUAGAGUGAAAUGAAUGUCCCGAAGGACAAUAGUCUUUUUACUCAUCAAAUUUGAGUUUUAAGGCUAUAUUUUAGUAGGAAAUGAGAUGUUUCAUCAGGAAUUAUAUAUUUUUAUACACUUAUUGAGAUAUUUGAAACUUGUAUUUUCUAUUUGCCUCUGCAAGAGAAAAUGUGCAAUGAUUGGAAUAACUGCUUAAGAUAAAAUUGACAACCUGUGUAACAUUUGCAAAAUCUUGGUUGUCUAGUUGCAUCAAAUGUUUUGUAAUCCACAAACUUUUUUCCAAGUACUGUAUUAUCACUGUCAAAUAGUAACUGCUGACAGCUAUGUAUGAAACACUUAAUUUAUUUGGAAACUGUGUUGCUGUGAGAGAAUGUGUAUGUACUGAGUACCAUUUUUCAUUUCUUGUGUAAUGCCUGCUCAUACCUAACUGACCUUUAUUUAUAUUUUUAAAACUAUUUUUAAGGCAUUACAUAUCUCAUAGAAAUCUAUUUUCUCUAGUGAUCGUAUUUGGGUGUGACUAUAUACAUAUAUUUUUUCAUAAUUUUGGCAUAAUUGAUAACUUGGUCAGAUACAAGCUACAUUGUAACUGGCUGUGUUGAUCUGGUUUAUCUUAAACAUAAGUUUCAACUAUACAAUACAGUUUUAGUCUUCAUUUUUUGUCAGACAUACUCCAGUUGAGAUUUAAUAGUUGGUUCACUGUGUACAACUAGCACUGCAAUUAACACCCCCCACUGCCAAAAUCACUCCAAAAUAUUGCAGCAAAUCAAAGCUACUAUCUCUGAUUCAUAUGUUUGGAUACUGUAGUCUAUGAUUGUAUGCUAGUGCAUAGAGAUGUGGAACCAAUACAUCAUUGAUGGAUAGUAUAGAAAAACACUUGACAUUAAGUUCAGUAGUGAUAGCCAUCAAGAAAGAUGGUGGAACUAGAAUGAGUCAAUUGUUCCCACUUAAUUAUAUAUUUUUUUCUAAUUGUUUCAAAUUCCAAUAUGUAAGAGUGUUAGUUCACUGUCAUUGUGUUUUCAUCAUUAUUAUUUAUCUUUUCAUGAUUCCAAGAAUAUUACCAAUUCAGAACUGCAGAUCAGAUGCAUUUAUGGUCAGAUUUCUGGCAUUGGAGAAUUGUACUUAUUCAUUAGCAUAUUUAUGCUUGAUGUUAUGUGUAGUAAGGCUGAACUUUAACACUAAGUAAUCAUUAAAGAUGAUAUAUGGCAUGGCAUUAUAAAGAAAAAGAUCUUAUUCACUAUGUGUCUGGUGAUUUUAUUUUUGAUAUUGUUUAUCUGUACUGUUUUUAAACAUGUGAACUGUAAAAUUUUGUGAAUAUAUUAAGUUUAUGCAAUAUUA